AUGCCCCAAAACAAGGGGUCCAGGUUUUCUGAAUCAUGGGAGUAGUUCCACCUGGCCCCUGCUCAAACUGGGCACUAUACUAACUGAUACGCUACCUGUCAUCUGUGUAGCAGGUAGGUGAGCCGUGGUCCUGGAGUCAAUGGGGGCACAAUGACCUUGGGGAAGCACCUGAAAAGCAUGCACAGAGAAGAGCUAGAAAGGAGUGGGCAAGGGCAGACUGGGCAGUUCCAGGAUUCAAAGCCCCAAGUGUCUCAGCUCCAUAUGGUCAUUGAGGGUGACUGGGCUGGGGCAGGCUUCUGGAGCAGGUGGGGAAGCCUGAGGGAAAAGGAGGUGCUUAGGAAAGAGAGAGCAGCGCAAGAGGAGAGGAGGGAGUUAACUCUGGGUGAGGCGGAAACAGCCAUCCUGGAGAUGAAAUGGAAGGUGAGGGCUGGGAAUGAGAUACACUAUAAGGACAAAAACAUACCAAGCUUGUUCUAUGGGACUGCACUGGAAAGACACAGAAGCUUGGGACAGAGAGACUUAGAUGCCUUUCCACAUGCAUUGGUUGCUCCUAGUGCUGCAGUAUUGUAUCAUAUAUGCUUAGAUUAA